AUGGACCCCUGCGCACCCGCCAGUGAAUGGGGCAUGCGAUGUGGCAACCUGUAGAAGGCAGAAGACGUCUGACGCGAGCUCCGUUUCUCAGCAGCAGCUUCCGCGUCUGAAAUCGUCCGGCAAAGAGGCAAAAGCACCCCGCCACGCAAUCGCCGCUGCCUGUGGCGUACAUUUCCUUCGCCUCGUGAGCCGCACCUCUGCUCGGGAAUCAACACCACACAAUCCUCAGCGCUCAACAUGGCGUCUACGCAGUCGCCUGAAGCGCGGGAGCUGGCGUUGGUGGGCAAGGUCGAGAUGCGAAUAGCUCUGGCCGACUCGGAACAGAAGCUACAGGACCUGCUGAAGCUCUACCUGACUCCACUUCUUCUUAAGCUCGGCUCUGAGAGCGUUGCUGUGAGGAACAAGGUUAUAUCUAUUUGCCAACACAUCAACACUCGCAUAAAACCGCAAGAAAUCAAGCUCCCAGUAGCUGCCCUGCUCAAACAGUUCAAAGAGAAUGGCGACGUGGCCCUCAUCCGGCAUUUUGAUAUUCUGUACAUACAACAGGGUAUAUCACGCCUUCCUGUUUCCGAAAGGCUCGAACUCCUUCCCAUUCUGAUCCAGGGGAUUUCGAGCGACUACAAGAAGUCCAACCAGCACACCUCUCAGCUGUUCCAUCUGAUCCUGCGACUGCUCACACACUUCAAACUCCCCUUACGAGGGAGCAAAGAGGAUGACGAGCUCCGCUCUGCAUUGGGCGUCCAGUCAGAGGAUGCAAAAUUCCUCUCACACUGGUUUGGCAAGCUCCUGCUCCUCACCGUUACUCGCACCGCCAAUCCGGAUGUAGCAGCUUCAAUGCGAUGUCCUGGUCUCGCUGUUGAAGAGUACAAAUUCCUCACCUUACAGGGCAAACCUGAUGCCUGGGAUCCUAGUUCGGAUGCCGGUCUGAAUUUGAUAGAGUCCAAAGCUCUUGUGACCCGUUUGUUGGCAAGUGGCAUGUUCACUGAAGAUGAGAAGUUUCUACCUGCGCUUUUCGCCUCCGCAGAUACUAAUUCGCGGAUCUCUGAAGUUGGCGAGGAUGUUUUGAAACGCGUAAUUCCCUCAACCGAUCUGGAGGAUGCUGAAGUCAUAAAGACGUUGCUUGGGUUAUACUUUGGCUCAUCAGCUCCCGAAGGCGCACCAGCAGUAAAAGUUCCCCUACGCAUCAGGAUACUCGGAAUCCUGUCCAAAUCAGUAACGUGUACGAAAUUUCCGAAAGAUAUCGCCCGUAUUGUGGAGGAGGGGUUGCUUUCCCCUGAAUUAAGCGCUACGAAUAAGACCACGGCGGGCAGAGAAGCAUCCAAAUAUCGGUCGGCAAUCUUUGCUCUAGUCAAUUUUGUUGCCCGCAGAGGUGCAGCCGAUCACCUCGCUACUGUUGCCGAAGGCCUCGUGGGUAAUUUAAGAGCCUUUCUUCAGGACCAGGGUUGGCCGACACCAGAUAGGGACCAGGACAUGGAACUUCGCGGAUACGGUUAUGAAACUAUUGGCUUGUUGGCGAAAGCGUCCCCGAAGUCCAUAUUGCUCGAGCCCAACUUGGAUCUACUCGAAUGGCUUUUUCGCUCCUUGAGGGAAGAUGCUUCUGGGAAAGAAGUGGCUGUGAGCAUUGAUGAAGCCCUCUCGUCCGUACUUGGCGCAUUCUCAAGAUCCCUCAGCGACUCUAUACGAACGAAGUUCAGGCAAAUUCUGCUCAAGUAUUCCGCCAGCGUCGACUCUAGCUCCGAGAAGGACGGCAAGAUUCUCAGGAGCACUCGAUAUACUGCUACGAGGUUUGCGAAUCGCUGCCUGUCGUACGAUGAUGUACUAGCAAGAUGGAUUGAUAUCCUUGCUGUAAGCGGAGGCAGCAGCGAAAGGCACGAGGUUGUAGAAGAGGGACGAAAAGGCCUCGAUCCAUUUUGGUUCAAUAUGUCAAACUCGUUACCAGGCAUAGAUGCGGAUGGCGACAAGCUCCCCUUCCCAGACUUCGAUGAGCUUGUUCAGUUCAUUUUCGCUCGACAAGGCGACGACGACGAUGAGAUGGAUGUAGACAGCAACGGAGACGCAGUCUCGCAGGCACAGCUUUUCCAGCAACAGUUCUCACAUACGCUUCCCAUCGUCAUCAAAUUUUGCUCUGAAGUUGCAAUGCACGCCGCGCUCGCAGACAAAGGCAUACAUGAGAAGCUUGCAGAGGACUGGGGUCGUAAGCUCGAGACUCUAAUGUCGUCUGAUCUCCGCGCACGUCAGGCAUUUCGCGCCUUUGCUGCUGUGGAUGCGCAUGCAACAUCACUUGCCAUACUAUUAAGAGCAAGUUUUGACCGACUGACACAAGAUGAACUCAGCGAUGUUGGUGACAUUGGAAGUAGCUUUGUACGCUUCCUCGCCUUAUGCCCCGACAAGAUCUGGAAGCGUGCAUCGUUAUUACGAGACUUUCGCGCACUAGAGCCUUCAGUGCUAUCGAACAAUGGAAAUCGUCGAGUGGCAGCCACUCAUGCUUACGGCUUGUUGGCGUCGCAUGAAGACGUUGAAGUUGAAGACGCACAAAAGUCCCUUUCCUUACUCCACCGAAAGAUAGAGACAUGGAAGGAUGCUGUUGGUGGCGAAAUCAACCAAAUCAACGGUGCUAUCGCGGCUUUAGGCUUUUAUCUCAGUCGUGCGCAUUGGAGAGGUCGGUCGUCUUCCAUAGAUGAAGAUUCCCUGAAGAAGACACUAGACGUCGUGUUCAAGAUUCUAGCAGAGUCUAAAGAUGCCACGCUGAAAGCUUCCGUCUUCACCUGCAUAGACCAGCUCAGUCUGUUCCAGGUCAUUAGCCCUUCUGUCAUCGCUUCUUACGCAAAUUUCCAGGAUGUCGCUCAGCAAAUUUACGAUUCUGCUAAGGCCGGUACAACAAGUGCCAUCCUUGCGCUCGGCCAUUUAUCUACUACAACCGACGAGACGAGCAACGACGACGACAAAAGCGAUUACAGUUUCAUCGCCGACAAAUUGUACGAGCUACAUGAGGUAAGACAAUCUGAAGUGCAGUUCUCCGUUGGCGAAGCGUUGAGUUGCUUUGCUUCCGGAUGGGGAUCGAAAGCGCUGGUAGCGGAGCUGGAUAUCGAACACGCGACCCAACAACACGAGCCUUGGGAUGCGACUCCUAUAACCCCAUCGGGACCAAAUCGCGAGAGAACGCUGACUACCGUCCUCGAGAAAACACUGAAGGGCUGCAAACAGACCAAGCCAUCUCUUAAGAAAGCUUCCGUAAUCUGGCUUCUAUGCCUGCUCCAGUACUGCGGCCACAAGUCAGAAAUCCAACAAUACCUCCCACAGUGCCAGCUUGCUUUCAAGUACUGCCUUUCGGACCGUGACGAGGUGGUACAAGAGGCAGCAUCGCGAGGUCUUGGCCUAGUAUAUGAGAAGGGCGACCGCCAGCUGAAGGACGAUCUGGUACGCGACCUAGUAGGAUCAUUUUCGGACAACAAAGCGAAGAUGUCCGGUACCGUCUCGGAAGACACACAGCUCUUUGAGCCUGGUGCUCUUCCUACUGGCGACGGCUCGAUCACAACGUACAAGGACAUUCUCAGUCUUGCAUCGGAAGUCGGGGACUCUAGUCUCGUUUAUCGAUUCAUGUCACUGGCAUCCAACAAUUCUAUUUGGUCGAGCCGCGCAGCUUUUGGUCGUUUCGGCUUGAGCAACAUAUUCUCGGAUUCUAGCGUCGACGGGUACCUUGCUGAGAACCCGAAGCUCUACCCCAAGCUAUAUCGUUACAGAUUUGAUCCGAAUCCUAACGUCCAGCGAUCCAUGAACGACAUUUGGAAUGCUCUGGUCAAGGACUCUUCUGCCACUAUCGAUAAGAACUUCGAUGCUAUAAUGGACGACCUGCUUACCAGCAUCUUGACCAAAGAGUGGCGUGUACGUCAAGCAUCAUGCGCAGCGAUUUCUGAUCUAGUGCAGGGAAGGAGCAUUGAAAAAUACGAGAAAUACCUUGGCGACAUCUGGGACAAAUGUUUCAAGGUUCUUGAUGACAUAAAGGAGUCUGUCCGUGCUGCUGCUGCUUCCCUUGCUCGAGUGCUCACGGGCAUACUCACACGAUCGCUUGAAGCGGGCGACUCGUCGAUCAAGACUGCAGACGCAAUGCUUUCACGAGUACUACCCUUCUUGUUCUCAGGGUCAGGUCUCGAAUCCAGUGCCGAGGAAGUGCGCUUGUUUGCGGUGCAUACUCUUCUUCAGAUUGUCAAGAAGAGCAACGCAAAGACGCUGAACCCACAUGUCCCGGAACUCGUCGAAAGACUCCUGGGUCUGCUGAGCUCGUUGGAGCCUGAAGCUGUCAACUACAUCCAUCUGAACGCAUCGAAGUAUAAUCUCACCGAGCAGAAGAUUGAUGACAUGCGCCUCCAAAGCGUCCGUUCAUCACCCCUUACAGAGUCUAUCGAACGCUGCCUUGAUCUCGCGGACGCAGACACAAUGAAGGCCCUUGUUCCGCGCAUCGAAGCCGCAAUGAAAGCUGCGGUCGGUCUGCCUUCCAAAGUAGGCUGCUCCAGGAUCUUAGUAACACUCAGUACACGGCACAAUUUUGUCUUCCAGCCCUACGCCGAUGGGUUCCUCAAGACAGUACAAAAGUAUGUCCACGACCGCAACGACACCGUGUCAUCGUCGUACGCCGCAGCCGCAGGUUACGUUGCCCGCCUAGCCUCCGACAAGCAACUCAUCGCCACCAUCGCCUUCUGCCACAAACUCUACUUCGAUUCCGAAGACGAAAAGUCCCGUCUCACCGCAGGCGAUAUCAUUCUCUCCAUUUCGAAGAAUGCUGCGGAUCGAUUCACAUCGCUCUCCUCCGAGCUGCUUCCUUUCAUCUUCCUCGCGAAACACGACACAAGCGAGCAAGUCAAACGACUCUUUGAAGACACCUGGUCUGACAACGUCGCUGGCUCGCGCGCCGUCCUGCUCUACCUCAGAGAAAUCGUCAGCCUUUCAGACAAGUACCUUGAGAGCCCGAAGUGGGUGCUCAAGCACGCGGCCGCGAAGACCAUCGCCGACGCUGUGACAUCCAUUACCACCGGCAGCGAAACGAUCAGCAAGACCAACGCAGAGAUCAUCUGGCCGUCUCUCGACAAGGCGAUGGGUGGCAAGACGUGGGACGGCAAGGAAACCGUGCUUGAGGCUUUCGUGCGCUUUGUCGAGCGAGGCGAGAGUCUAUGGAAAGAAGACAAGAAGGUCGCAAAGCAGAUUGAGAAAGUCGCGCUCCGCGAGGCCAAGAGGCAGAACAAGCCGUACCGCCCUCACGCACUCGACGCCCUGGGUAAAAUCUGUCUCGCGCGCACGGAUCUGGAGCUCUCGGGCGCAGUCGUCGAGAUUGUACAGACCGUUCUGGAGGAGACGCUCGGUGUCGACGACGAUGGCGAGAAGAUGGACGUCGAUGGUGGCGAGCCGUUGAAGGAUGCGCAGCUGCAAGAUCGCACGCUCUCAGCGUGCAUCGCAGCCCUCACUCUCGCCCCUAACACCACACUUCUCUCCCCUCCAGCCCUGUCAACUCACCUCUCCACACUCCUUCCCCUCGUUGUCAAAGCAAACGCCACCCACAGAAGUUGUUGUUUGACGCGAGCUUCGAGGGGUUGCCCGAGGCGAUGCGGAUGAAGCGGGCGGAGGCUCUCGUUGCCAUUGCGAAGGUCGGGGGUUGCGGGUGGGUUGUGGAGAAGGCGAAGCCGGAGGUGGAUGGUGGGGAGAGGAGUCCGGUUGUGAGGGGUGUGUUGGCGAAGGUUGGAAAAGAGUAGACUCGGGAGCUUGAUGGUAGAGACAGAAAGGUAGCUUGAUUAUUCAUGUUAACCUUAAUGCAGAAGAGUAUGAUCGGGGCUACUUCCAUGUCCCGGUUUGGAGACUUUGCCACGGUUAAAAUUGUGGUUU